CGUAAAAAUUCAAAACUUCCGGCCAGUGACAAGGCAGAUGUUAUACGAAGAUUAUCAAACCCAUUAUACGCAAUGUUUGGGUUUGGACGCAUGUUUCCGGAACUGCCCGGGAAUUUUAAAACAACAUACAGGUGUUUCUCAGUGGUAAUGAUUUCUGGUAACUACAGGGAAGAUGUAGAAAGGGGAGGAAAAAUUAUAAUGCCACCUUCAGCUUUGGAUACUCUCACACGUUUGAACAUUCAGUACCCUAUGCUGUUCAAACUUGUCAACAAAAAGACUAACAGAGAAACUCACUGUGGGGUUUUGGAGUUUGUAGCAGAUGAAGGAAGAAUAUAUCUGCCUGGAUGGAUGAUGAAGAAUCUAUGUUUAGAAGAAGGUGGCUUGAUCCAUCUGGAGAAUGUGUCCCUCCCUGUGGCAACUUUUGCCAAGUUCCAGCCACAGUCAGUGGAGUUUCUUGACAUCACAAAUCCUAAAGCUGUACUAGAGAAUGCACUUAGGAACUUUGCCUGUUUAACAACAGGAGAUGUUGUGGCAAUUUCUUACAACGAAAAAGUAUAUGAACUUUGUGUUUUGGAAACAAAGCCUGGAAAAGCAACAUCCAUCAUUGAAUGUGAUAUGAAUGUUGAAUUUGCACCACCUAUUGGAUAUCAGGAACCCACAGUGCCUCACAGUAGAGAAGAACAUGAACAGGAGGAGGACACGCCCAUGGAUACAGCAGAUUAUGUUGACCAAAAUUUGUUCAGAGCAUUCAGUGGCCAGGGAGAAAGACUUGAUGGAAAAAAGAAAGGAACAGAGAGUUCACCAUCAAAACUAGAACCCCAUGAAAUAAAAAGGGGAAUUCCAAAUUAUGAUUACCAAAAGGGAAAAAUAACAUUUAUCCGCAGAAGUCGACCCAAAGCAAAUGGAACGGUGGAGAAGGAAAAUCUUUUUGAAGCAUUUUCCGGAGAAGGACAGGCAUUGAGAAAAAAUAGGAAGAGAUAAUCUGUUGCUUUAUCUUAUAGUUAUCUUCAAACAAAAGACAAUUGACUUCAGAGAUGGAACUAUAUAUAUAUACAUAUUGCCAAUAUUUUAUUUAUAUACUUGUUCUUUUGAGACUGGCAUACUGAACUUUGUUUAUCAGAAUAAACAGUGCAAUGGUGAA